CCCCAGGAGAGACUCCUUCAGCUGGGCUUCAUUGGGCUUCCCUUCUCCCUAUGGAUAAUAUCUCCAGCCAAUUAUCAGCACAAAAUUCCUGAAAUUAUCCUUGAAAUCACUGUGAUUGUUCAAUUUGGUGUAAUUGUCUUUUAGCUUCCCUGUGGGCUGAGAGCAAGAAGCAGUCUUACUAAAAAAACAAAAACAAAACAAAACAAAAAAACAACACACAGCUGCUAUAUAUUUCAUACACACUUGGUAUAUGUAGAUAUAACCUGUCAUACGGUUGUGAAAUCUAAUUUUAACUACUAUAACUGUAUUCACUAUAUAGGAGCAUUCAUUUGUGACCUUGUAAACAAUACAUUUAGCUACGGUGUUUUGUCAGGCCUGGAAAAUUACUCUCGCUCCACCUGGACUUUCUCCAAUUAUCCCAAAUGUUUUUUCGCUCUGGGCAAAUUUACCUCUAUUAAAUGGGAGACACAUCUCCUCUCUCUUUCUCUCUCUCUCUCUGCAGGAGAUGUAAGGCCCUGCAUUUCUCUUCCUUCCACUCUAUCUGUCUCUCUCUGUAUCUUUGUGGUCAGGUGAUGGCUGUGGAUGCCUGGCUGUGGGCACUGGGAUUCAUAACCGGGCCAGUCUGGGUACACUCUGUGGGUCUCUUCUGUACUCUUCAGACCAGGCCCAUCUCUGGGACCCUGUAUAAGGAAGGUGAUGUAAUUAUUGGAGGUCUCUUUCCUGUUCAUUUUGAUGCCCCUGAACCUGACCAGAUGUUCACACACAGAGUGCAGGGAGCGCGUUGUCAGGCGGCUGACUUGAGAUCAUAUGGUUGGCUCCAAACCAUGAUCUUCACAGUGGAGGAAAUUAACCGGAACCCAUUUCUGUUGCCCAACUUCACGCUGGGCUACCUGGCUGCAGAUACAUGCUUGGCCGAGAGCAGUACACUGAGUGCUGCGCUGGCGUUAGUGACUGGGCAGGUGGAGACAGUGUCUGGGGAACAGUGCACCAUGGCUCCCAACGUGCCCAUUAUUAUCGGAGAUGCACGCUCUUCUGCUUCCAUAGUUGUGGCUGAUACCUUGGGUGUUUUUGACAUUCCUAUGGUUAGCUACUUUGCUUCUUGUGCAUGUCUCAGUGAUCGCACUAAGUAUCCCACAUUUCUCCGCACUGUUCCCAGCGAUGCCUUUCAGGCCAAAGCCAUGGCCCGUCUGUUGCGCCUGAUGGGCUGGACCUGGGUGGGUGUCAUAUCUGGAGAUGAUGUAUAUGGAAAAAGUGGUGUGCAGCUGUUGCAACAGGAACUGCAAGGUUCUGGUGUAUGCAUUGACUACUUGGAGAUCAUUCCCAAGUCCUUUGCACCAAACAGGAUGAGAAGAAUUGUAGAGAGAAUCCAGAGCUCUAAAGCUUGGGUAGUUGUGACCUUUGCUAUCAGUCCUGAUAUGGAGGUCUUGCUGAGGGAAGUGAUAAGACAGAAUGUGUGCGAUAGACAGUGGAUAGCUACUGAAGCUUGGAGUAGUUCCAGCCAGCAUGCUGCUUUGAGUCCUGCCUGCUUGGGUGGGACUCUUGGUUUUGCUCUGAGGCAGGUUGAUAUCCAGGGUUUGGGCUCCUAUUUGACCCAGCUGAACCUAGAAGAGUACCCUAAAGAGCCACUGGUGCAAAGUGUUUGGGAGGAGUUGUUUGGAUGCAAAUUUGAGGAGCAAACCCAAACAGGACUUCCCAAACCCCAAUGCACAAGCUUGGAUAAAAUUAAAGAACAAGUUGAAACCUACUUUGAUAUAAAUUAUAAUGUGUAUAAGGCUGUGUAUGCUAUUGCAAAUGCUAUUCAGGACAUGCUGGCAUGUCAGCCUGGCAAAGGACCUUUUGGGAAUGGAGAAUGUCCUGAUACUAAGUCAAUAAGACCCAAACAGCUUCUACACUAUCUAAAGGCUGUACAGUUUACAACACCAGUGGGUGAGCAGGUCUAUUUUGAUGAAAACGGGGAUCCAGCUGCCUCAUAUGACAUCAUUAACUGGCAUCUAGGGGCUGAAGGAAAAGUGGAAUUCAUGCAAGUGGGCCGUUUUGAUGCAGUGAAAGGACCUGAGCAGGACUUUCAACUGGAUCUCGGGAAAAUGUUCUGGGGAGGAGGCUGGGGUGGCAUGGUCCCGGUGUCUGUGUGCAGUGAGAGCUGUCCUCCAGGCACCAGAAAAGCUGUGCAGAAAGGAAAGCCUGUCUGCUGCUAUGACUGUAUACCAUGUGCAUCAGGGGAGAUCAGCAAUGCUAUUGACUCUACAGAGUGCACCAAGUGUCCCGAGAGGUUCUGGUCUAACACUGACCGGACAGAGUGCAUCCCAAUGAUAGUGGAGUUCCUGUCCUUUCAAGAUAAUAUGGGCAUCAUCCUCUCUGUGCUUUCGGCUGCUGGAGCAGCUCUUACCAUUACCGUCCUGGCUGCCUUUUUCCAUCAUCGAGACACACCGCUGGUCCGUGCCAACAACUCUGAACUGAGCUUCCUGCUGUUGCUGUCACUCUCCCUUUGUUUCCUGUGUGCACUGGCUUUUAUUGGCCGACCGGCACCUUGGUCCUGCAUGCUACGCCAUACACUGUUUGGGAUCAGUUUUGUGGUGUGUCUGGCUUGUGUGCUCAGUAAGACAGUGGUGGUGUUAGUAGCCUUCAGAGCAACUCUGCCGGGCUCAAAUAUGAUGAGAUACUUUGGUCCUGUUCAGCAGAGGGCAGGUAUAUUCCUCUGUACGCUGAUACAGGUGGGGAUCUGUGUGUUUUGGCUGGUUCUGGCACCACCUUUGCCCACUGAAAGUGCAGGGGGUGAGCUUGGCGCACGGGUGGUACUGCUAUGUGCAGUAGGCUCAGUGGCAGGUUUCUCCCUGGUUCUGGGCUACAUCGGCCUCCUGGCUGCUGUCUGCUUCCUUCUGGCUUUCUUCGCACGGAAGCUUCCGGACAAUUUCAAUGAAGCAAAGUUCAUCACUUUUAGCAUGUUGAUCUUCUGUGCUGUGUGGAUCACAUUUAUUCCAGCGUAUGUCAGCUCUCCUGGCAAGUACACGGUAGCUGUAGAGGUCUUUGCCAUCCUAGCUUCAAGUUACGGCCUUCUGCUGUGUAUCUUUGCCCCAAAGUGUUACAUCAUCCUACUCAGACCAGAUAAGAACACAAAAAAGAACAUGAUGUCCAAAUAGGAGGAAUAAUUACAGACUUUCUUGCAGAGUUUUCCAGAAGUCAUGACAUUUAUGCAGAUUUAUAGAUUAUGCUACUCUAAGGCAUCACAUUGCUAAAUUUGUGCUGAAUGCAUACACUGCCAUUUCCAUGUGUAAUUCAUGUGAAUAA